AACCGGAAACGCGAUUUCACCGGAUGUUUAUCUUAGAGUUAACAUGGAGUUCUCCACGUACAACUAUUCCAUUUCUUUUUAUGUACAAACAACACUUAUUGUUUUGGCAACACUCACAUUAAAGUUAAGUGUUUCGCUAUGGGGACACUCCGGUCAAGGUAAGCCACCUAUGUUUGGUGAUUUUGAAGCUCAAAGACAUUGGAUGGAAAUAACAGUCAAUCUACCAGCUGAAGACUGGUAUAAGGACACAAAAGAUAAUGAUCUACAGUAUUGGGGCCUUGAUUAUCCCCCACUCACAGCUUAUCAUAUGAUGAUCAAUGGAAAAAUAGCUAGAUACAUUAAUCCUGAUUUUGUGAAAUUAGGUUCAAAAGGGAUGGAAGAUCCACCUGUGAAAAUUUUUAUGCGUAUGACUGUUCUUGCAAUGGACUUAUUACUUUUCCUGCCUACUGCAAUAGCUUUUUUCAUGUAUUCACAAUCAAAAAAAAUUAAGGAAAAAGAUAUAUUAAUACAAAUCACAAUGCUUGUUGGAUAUCCUGGACUAAUUCUUAUUGACAACGGUCAUUUUCAAUAUAACAAUGUCAGCCUCAGCCUUUUUAUUCUUGCUACUUUGGCUUUCACCAAAAAAGAAGACAUACUGGGAAGUUUACUGUUCUGUUUGGCUCUCAACUACAAACAAAUGGAACUGUAUCAUGCCUUGCCUUUCUUUGCAUAUUUGUUUGGAGCAUUGAUACAACAAAAAAUAUCUCAAGGGAUAACCAAGUUUAUCUCAUUAUCAUCUGUGGUAGCUCUGACAUUUUUAGCUUUAUGGCUGCCCUUCAUUUCAAGCGCUGACUCAAUUUUGUCUGUCAUUCAUAGGCUGUUUCCUGUCAAAAGAGGCUUAUAUGAGGAUAAAGUUGCUAAUGUUUGGUGUGCUGCUUCAAUAAUAAUAAAAUUCAAGGAAAUAUUCUCCCAGUCAGAUAUGGCUAUCAUCUGCCUUGUGACUACAACAAUCUGUUUGCUGCCCUCGUUUCUUCAUCUCAUUCAAAACCCAACCAUUCAACAUUUGCAUUAUGCCCUAAUAAAUGCUGCUUUGGUUUUUUUCCUCUUCUCUUUUCAUGUUCAUGAGAAGACAAUCUUAUUAGCAGUAAUUCCUGCUAUCUUAGUUUUGAAGUCUGACCCAUUGAUUGUUGUGUGGUUCAUGCUUAUUUCAGUAUUUAGUAUGCUUCCAUUACUUAUAAAAGAUGGACUUCUUCUACCUACUGUGGCUACUGUUGGUUUAUUCUGGAUAAUAAGUACUCAUUAUGUAAAGCCUACUAAAAAUGUAUCCAGCCAGAUGAAACUAGCUUUUGAAUUGUCCUUGUUGGCUGCUUCUUGUAUUUCCUUAGCAACGAUUAUUAUUCCACCACCAGCUCGAUAUCCUGAUUUAUUCAGUUUGAUGAUAGCCAUUUUUUCCUGUUUACAUUUUAGUUUAUUUGCGCUAUUUUUUCACUUAAAGCAAUUUGAUAUUGACAUAUAUGAUUUCAAUGAUAGCAGAAAACUAUCAAAAGCAAAAACUGAUGAGGUGAGCUAUUCUCUACGUCACCGAAACACUGCUAAUGAUGUCAGAAAUAGACAAAGAAAUCAGAGACAUUAGUCGAAAUCCUUUGAUUUAUAUAUACCAGUAUAAGGACAUUAGCUUUUCAAGCUCAUAUUUUUAUUCUGGAAAAAGAGAAAUCUCUGUAAAGUGAUCCCUAUUACAUUAAGACCAUUGGAUGAUUUUAUAUGGUAAUUAAAACAUUAAAUAGAAGUACAAGUAUUAUGAUGGUUUAUAUUAAAAAAUUCAGUGUUAAAUGUUGUUCUAGCUUUUCAUAGUUGGGCAUAUCUUUUAUAAUUAAUAAAAAUAUAAUAGAUUUAUAGAUUUAAAGUAAUAUAUUUGUAAAUUAUAGACAAAUAAUUUAGUAAAUAUAGGCAAGCAAUGACACUUUUUAUAAUAUCUUUUUUUUUUUUUUUUUUUUUUUUUUUUUUUUUUUUUUAGUGGUAAAAUAAAGAUCUGGCCAAUUGAAUAAAAAAGAUCAAAUGAGUUGGCUCUUAUCUUUUUGGAGACUUAAUAAUAACUAUAUACUUUGGUAUGGGAGGAGUAACUAAGUUUGCCAAUUUAGCAAUAUUGCUAAGCUAUAAUAUGCUAGCAUUGUUUUAAUAAUAAUUUGCUUUGCAAUGGUACAUUGCAAAUAGCAAUAAGAGCAAACAAUUUAUACAAUAGCACACAAAAUAUUCAAAUUUGUAAGUCAGGAGAAUGAAUGACCUUUAGGCAGAUCGAUGGGCCGCUAUGACACUAAUAAUCACUUGUAAAGUUGCCCAGCCUCUUAAGUCAUAUAUGUCACUUUUGGGAAAAUGUUUAUGGUAUUGCUUUCAGCUUACAAACUGAAGAUUACAAGUUUCCUAUUAUGAAGAUUUAAUCUUACACAAUCGUUAAUCUUCUCAAUUUUCAAUGACAUUUUUUAAAAUCUAAUAUCUUUUUUUUUUAGUGUAGAUAUUUAUCUUGAUGUCUUUAUUUAUUCUGAGAAAUGUUCAGAGUGUCGAAAAAACUUAAUGUAUAUGUAUUUGUAUGAUAGUCAUAAAUCUUUUUUUUCACUGACAUUUUUUUUUCACUGUUUUAAAACAAGCUAAUCAUUUCAAUGACAUUUCAGUAAUUUAACUUUAUAAUGUGUACAAAAAUAAGAUAAUUUUGUUAAACAGUAAGUGAAAUCACAUUUUAUAUUAGCUAUUUAUUGCUUAAUGGGUAAUAUUAAGAAAGUGUCUAUGAUAGUGUUAUGGGUUUCAAUAUUUAUUGUAUAAGCUGACAUUUCAUUGCCUUUUAUAUAGAUAGAAGCAAAAGAAAUUUAAGUUCAAAUUUUAUCUUUUUAUUUUUCUAUUGACAUCACAAAAUCUGUUUUCAGUUAAAGUUGUUUUUAAAUUUUCAAAAUGAACUUAGCCAUUUUAAUAUGGAUGUUUGGAAACCAGCUCAUGUGGUAUUAUGCACCCUGGACUGUUGCCUUGAAGGUACUGGAUUUGAACCCUGCUCGUCACUAUCCCCAGCCAUCCUGUGAGGUUUGGGCUAGAUGUAAUUAUCUGUAUUUCUAAAGGGAUGUCUGAAAACUUACAAAUCUAGAUCUAAAGAAAUCUAGUAAAAAUAGCAAUGUUUGUCAUUCUGAAAAUUAAGGAUGAGUUCUGUGUUUAACAGGACUAUGCAAACCCAGUUGCAAUUUCCAUAUUUUUUCAUCUGUUGAAGUCAUUGUCCGCCAGGGGUCCAUUUAAGUCAAAUAUAAUACACAUUAUACAUUUUUUUUUAAUUUUUACCUCUAAGAAUUUUUAAAUGGUUUAUUGAACCAUAGCAGAUUCUUCCAACUGAAACUAAUAUAAUUUACAUUGAUAUACUAUGUGAGCUUUAAGAAGCCAUAUAUCUUUGUAAGUAAAAAUUCUAAAAAUGUAAGAAGUUAUACAUAGUUUAGCUUAACAAAAUCAAACUUAAAUAUGAAGUUUAAACAAAAUAUUUUUUUUUUCAAUUUUCAUAGGUAUAUUUGUACACAUACAGAAACUAAGUAAAAACAACUGGGCACUCUAUUGUGUCAAUCCUGUUUCUUUUUUUUUUUUUAAAUGUUGUUAAUUACAUGUAAUUCUAAUUUGAUUUCAAAGUUGAUUUAAUUUGAAUACAUUUUGAGAACAUUUUUUGAAAUCAAAUGUUUGCAAUUUACUUAUUAAUUGCAGUAGCUUUUAAGACUCUGUUGGAACUUAGUGUUUAGUCUAUUUAAAUUUGUCUUUAUUUUUCCACAUUACUAUAUAUCCAUUCCACAGACAUCAGAGUAGAAAUAACUUAAAGUAUAGACAGUUCAGAAAUAGGCAAACAAAUCAUCAUACAGACAAUGGAAGUGACAAAAUAGUGUAACUAAUAUUUAAACUUUCAUUAGGUUCAGAAUAUUUUUUGUUCUCAGUUUCCUCAUUAUAAUUCUAGUUGCAUCCAAUGCAGUAAAACAAAAUAAUGUCAUUUACACCCAUAAUCAUGUUUUAAUUUCUCAUGGACCAUAACUUACUUAAUUGUUUUGACUCCCAGUCAAGCAUAGGAAUGCAAGAGCAGUUUGUCCUUAUACUUUGUCCUUCUUGCCAUCUUUGCUUCUUGUUUUAUCUAUCAAUCAAUAUUUUUUUGGUCUCCACCCUUUCUCUUCUCCUGUGGGUUCCAGUCCAAAGCCUGUUUUGCAAUAUUUUCUGCUCGGCACAUUGAAUGUCCAAUCCAGCCCAUUUUUGAUUUCUUGCUCUAUAGGAGUUUGCUGGUUUGUUUCUCACAAAAAGUAGUUACAGAUUUUGUUCCGCCAUCCAAUACCUAGUGUAUGUUGGUAAAUGUCUGGAGCUUGUCUGUAAUGCUAUUUGUUACUCUCCAAGUCUCUGAAUCAUAUAAAAUAACUGAUUUUACAUUUAUAUUGAAAAUUCUGAUUUUAUUGAGUAGGAACAGUGCUUUUGACUGCAAGAUUGGCUGUAGGAUAUUAUAACAAAUUAAUGAAAUUGGAAUUUCUAGCUAAGUUUCCUUUUUAUGUAAGCUUGUGUAUGUGACUGAUGCAUAAACCAACUAUUGUGUUAUAAUAUUGUGUACUUACACCAAGUAGUUUGUCAUGAAUCUAGUGUACAUAGAAGUAUUCAAUUGUUUUUUCAUUAGAAAACUAGACAAUAUGUCUUAUAAUUUAUUAUAGACCAUUCAACACUCUAAUGUUUCCUUACCAUAAGUGCCAGGUCAGAUAUUUGGCUUUAAAUAUAUUUGGGCAGUUGUUAUUGAGAAUGAAUUCAAUGGUAGAAUGUUUAAUUAUAAUAAUUGUCAUUGUUUUAAUAAAUAUCUCACAGUACAUUUUUUGUUACUUAUAAAAGUUUAAGUUUGUCAUCCUAUUGAAAACAAAUAGACUACUUGCAAAUUUAGAUUACAUUGAAAAUAAUAUGUUUUAUAUUUAAAUAGUAGCAUAUAUUUUGUCUCUUCACAUGUACAUUUGUAAGAUACUAUUUACUCAUAUCAAACUUCUUGUAUGUAUUGUUUUUUUAUUUUUCAAUAAUUUGCUUUGUCAACACAAUUUUCAAUGUAUCUACUAGUUGUCAAUGUGCUGUAUUGAUAUUUAUUUUUUUAAAAUAUGAUAAAUCCAUGAGGCACUCAUAAUAAAUCUUCAUUUUCAUGUGAAAGUUA